GACCUUUACUAGUUCCGGAGGAGAAAAAUAGAGUUGAAGAAGCAUUGGAGGGAUUCAUGGAGUAGCAAAACCCUAGUGAAGCAAAGCAGUAACUCCUAUUUCCUCCUCUCUCUAGCCUCGUAUACGUUUCUUAUCCUGCUUCGUUUUCUAUCAGGGUUGCUUAAAUGGCAGAUGCUCAAGUAUUAGAAGAGACAUUAUCUGAAGCAGUACCAAACAAUGAAUCACAAAAGAAGGAAGAGACUCGUGAUGAAAUGCUUUCAAGGCACAGAAAGGAGAUAUCACAGCUGCAGAACAAAGAAAUUGAACUGAAAAAAGCAGCAGCCAGAGGUAGUAAGGCUGAACAGAAAGUUAAGAAGAAGCAGGUUGAGGAAGAAGUUUCUCAACUUUCUGCUAAGCUUAAAGAAAAACAUGCUGAAGAACUUGCUUCGCUAGGCUAUAGCAACAGUAGUAAAGGAAAGGAGAAGAAUAAUCUUGACACUUUGGUGAGGGCCAUAGCUGGAGUGUCUGUUACCAACCAAUCUGAGCAUUCAAAGCCCAGCAAGAGUACAAAGAGGCGAGAGAAGAGAGCUCAGCAAGAAGCGGAAAGAGAGCAAAGAAUCCAAGAAGAACAAAACAAUAUUGUAAGUGAUCGAUUCAUUGAAGAUGAGAAAUUGGAAAAGAAGCUUGCUCCUAUGGGAUUAACAGUAAAUGAAAUUAAGCCAGAUGGGCAUUGCCUCUACCGAGCUGUUGAAGAUCAGCUGGCCCAUCUUUCUGGAGGUUCAUCACCUUAUAAUUAUGAAGAGCUUCGGAAAAUGGCAGCUGCCUACAUGAGGAAACAUGCAUCCGACUUCCUCCCAUUUUUCCUUUCAGAAAAUGCGGUAGAAGAGGAUUCUGAUGAGUCACAAGCAAAAAGAUUUGAGGAUUAUUGCAAUGAAGUGGAAUCUACAGCUGUCUGGGGAGGACAGCUUGAGCUCGGGGCUUUGACUCACUGCUUGAGGAAAUACAUCCUAAUAUUUUCAGGAUCCUUUCCUGAUGUUGAGAUGGGGAAGGAGUACAAGUCCGAAGGUGGUGGGUCUACUCCAUCUAAUGCAAGCAUCAUGCUAUCAUAUCAUAAGCAUGCUUUUGGGCUCGGCGAGCACUAUAACUCUGUGGUACCAAAUUCAAUCGAAUAGGUUAUCGCUAAGCAUAUGUAGAAACUUUUUUGGAUUGCCUGUCUGCCUUUACUAAUGUCUCUGUCGAACAAGCGUAUGUAUGUUUCAAAUUUUCAAUCUGAGAUCAUAAUCUUAUCAAAGGUCUCUUUUGUUGAUG